UAUAAAGUUCGCAACCUGACGGACGUGUUAUGGUGUAACACACAACAUUAAGACGCGCUCGGAGUGUCCCUGAUCGACAUGUGCACACCACAUUGUCAUUCCCCCACUCGGUUAAACUAUCUGCAUGUUUGUUGGAGAAGGCCGAUUUAGUUGAGAUCCUUGUAGCUGCAUCUGAAUCAUGAGUGGCUCCAAGCCGGACAUCCUGUGGUCUCCUCACCACCCGGACCGCUAUGUUAUCUGUGACUCAGAGCUGGGACUGUAUCGCAUCGGACCCGUGGGCAGCUCAGAAACCAAACCAAAGGAAACUGCUGCCACACUACUGGCCAUUAACUCGGACACCCCUUACAUGAAAUGUGUGGCCUGGUACCCGAAGCAUGAGCCAGAGUGUUUGCUCGCUGUGGGCCAAGCUAACGGCAGAGUGGUGCUCACCAGCCUGGGGCAGAGCCACAACUCCACGUAUAAAGACCUGGUGGGGAAAGAGUUUGUGCCCAAGCACGCCCGGCAGUGCAACACGUUAGCAUGGAACCCGGUGGACAGCAACUUGCUGGCUGCCGGUUUGGACAAGCACAGAGCUGACUUCUCUGUCCUCAUAUGGGACAUCAGCAGCAAGUUUUCCCCGGAGGCCAGUGUGGCCUCCGAGAAGAGCCGCUUUUCAGCCGUGGAAUUGGACUCGAGCACAGUGGUGACCAAACCGUUGUACGAGUUAGGCCAAAACGACGCUUGCCUGUCCCUCUGCUGGCUGCUCCGUGACCCAAAGCUGCUGUUGGCCGGCAUGCACCGCAACCUCGCAAUCUUUGACCUGAGAAACACGAGCCAAAAAACAUUCGUCAACACUAAGGCCAUCCAAGGCGUGACCGUCGACCCACACUUCCAUGACCGCGUGGCCUCUUUCUUUGAGGGUCAGGUGGCCAUCUGGGAUCUGAGGAAGUUUGAGAAGCCCGUGCUCACGCUCAACGAGCAGCCGAAGCCGCUCACUAAGGUGGCUUGGUGUCCAACUCGUAACGGCCUGCUGGCCACGCUGACCCGCGACAGCAACAUCAUCCGCCUGUAUGACAUGCAACACACGCCCACGCCCAUCGGCGACGAGACGGAGCCCACCAUCAUCGAACGCAGCGUGCAGCCGUGUGAAAGCCAGAUCGGCAGCUUUGCCUGGCACCCGUCCUCUCAGAACCGCAUGGUGGUGGUGUCGGCGGCCAACCGGGUCAUGACCGACUUCACCGUGUUCGAGCGCAUCUCGCUCGCCUGGAGCUCCACAAGCUCGCUCAUGUGGGCGUGCGGCAGACACCUGUACGACUGCGCGGAGGACGGCGCUGAGGGAGUGCAGGGCGCGAUCGAGAAAGACAUCGCCACGAAGAUGAGGCAGAGGGCUCAGUCCAGCUACGGCCACGAUACCGUCCAGGUGUGGAGGAACCACCUGCUGGCGGGGGGGAACGACUCCCAGCUCAAGUGUCUGUGGUACGAUCUGUUUUAUAUGAAGCUGUGCGCAGAGGACCCGGAGCUGAAACUCCAGGGGAACAAACAGUCGCUGGUCCACUCUGGUAUCAAGAACAUUGUGAAGACCAGCUCAGGUACAACAGAGAGUCGCAGGUGCUGGAGUGGCUCAGACCGGCAGACCGAUGUUCCCCGGUACCACAGCGAGGAGCGCUGCCUCGCCCUGCGGCUCUGCGGCUGGAUUAGCAGGGGUCCCGACAUCGACGUGGAGGUAUUCCUGCGGUCGCUGGAGCACGAGCGCGAGUGGGAGCGGGCGGCCGCCGUGGCUUUGUUCAACCUGGACAUCCGCCGGGCCAUCCAGAUCCUCAACAAGGGAGCCACUGCUGAGAAGGGUGACCUGAACCUGAAUGUGGUUGCCAUGGCUCUGUCGGGCUACACCGACGAGAAGUCCUCCCUGUGGAGGGAGAUGUGCAGCUCCCUGAGGCUGCAGCUGAAGAACCCCUACCUUUGCGUCAUGUUUGCCUUCCUCACCAGCGAGCCCGGAGCCUACGACGGCGUGCUGUUUGAGAGCAGUGUUGCUGUGCGGGACCGCGUUGCCUUUGCCUGCAUGUUUCUCAGCGACGCCCAGCUGCCUCGGUACAUCGACAAACUGACCAAUGAGAUGAAGGAGGUGGGCAACCUGGAGGGCAUCCUGCUGACAGGUCUGACCAAAGAUGGCGUGGACCUCAUGGAGAGCUACGUGGACCUCACUGGGGAUGUGCAGACUGCCAGUUUCUGCAUGCUGAAGGGUUCCCCGGGUGACGUGUUGAAAGACCCUCGAGUCCAAUGCUGGAUCGAAAACUACCGCAACCUGUUGGAUGCUUGGAGAUUUUGGCACAAACGGGCCGAGUUUGACAUCCACAGAGGCAAACUGGACCCCAGCUCCAAACCACUGGCCCAGGUGUUUGUGAGCUGCAACCUCUGUGCGACAGGUGUUUGUGAGCUGCAACUUCUGCGGCAAGUCCAUCUCCUACAGCUGCUCGGCGAUGCCGCACCAGGGCCGCGGCUUCAGCCAGUACGGCGUCAGCGGCUCGCCCACCAAGUCCAAAGUCACCAGUUGCCCCGGCUGCAGGAAACCGCUGCCCCGCUGUGCUCUCUGCCUCAUGAACAUGGGCACACCGGUCUCCAAUUGCCCAGGAACAGGGAAGUCGGACGAGAAGGUGGACUUGACGAGGGAGAACAAACUGGCUCAGUUCAACAACUGGUUCACCUGGUGUCACAACUGUCGACACGGCGGCCACGCCGGCCACAUGCUCAGCUGGUUCAGAGACCACACGGAGUGCCCGGUGUCUGCUUGCACGUGUAAAUGCAUGCAGCUGGACACCACAGGGAACCUGGUGCCGUCAGACAGCAGCUAAAAGGGACGCGCUCGUCGGAAAAGCGAAGCCUUAAAACGAGCUGGAAGACGACCGUCGCCCUUGGAGGCCGCCACGCGGUGACAACCUGGGGGGGGGCCGGACAAAGGGGACCAGCGGUGUCCUCCAAUGAGGUGGCUGCUUGAGUAGAGCGCCGUACUGUUUAAGUGAUGUCUGAUGUAAAGUUAUAACAGAGCUUUAUAUGAAGAAGGGAAAGUGUGUGUGUGUGUGUUUCACUGAUCUUACUAACUAAAUCAAUGACUGAAAGGGAGUAAACGCAAACUCACUGCUCUGCUAAUGUAAAUCCUGACUCAGAGGAAACAUGAGCGCUUUAAUCAACCUCACCCAAUCCAACCUGAAUCAGGAUUACAGUUGUAUUGUGAUCUAUUAACAAAAAACCACAAACAUCUGAUCAGCGGUGCUAAUAUGUGCGAGCUGUAUGUGUUACGGGCUUUUUUUUUUUUUUUUUUAACCUGUGUUCGUCUCACGAAAGGAUCUUUGCAUACCUCAUGAAAGCAUCGGCGGGGGGGCGGUGCCCCUGGCGACUGUGCGGAUUGUAGCGUGCACAGGAACACCAUCGUGCUCUCUCCGUGUUUCUCUGUGCCACUCUUCAUCUGGUAUUGUGUGCAAGGGUUUCCAGUGUUGGAAGGGGUGGAUGAGGAAUUGGAGAAGCUUGGGAGUUGGGGGGUCGAGGGGGGGGGGGUGAUCGGUGAUCGGGAGCCGGGGUGGGAGGGUUUGCGUCUGUAUUCACCAGCCCACUCCAGGCCUGUGGUCCAUGAAAGAAGCUCGCCAGAAAACAGCAGCUGCUCGGCACUCUGACAAGACCCUCCAGAUUGUUCCCUUCAUAAAGAACCUCAGCUGCCGGAACACUAUUGACUCAAUGGGAGGGCGAGGGAACAGACAGCCUGCGCCCUGCGCCCCCGCAACCCCUUCGACAUACACAGACCUACCCUCUUUUUCUCUCUGUGGUGCCCAAAUUGCAACCCCCCCCCCAAAAAAAAAAAACUAUGCAUACCACACAUCAAUCCAAGGAUGGGUGCCGUCUGUUGGGGUUGUGGGGGGGCGGCCGUGUGUAAGCCGCAUUGUAAAUGGAUCUUUCUCUCUUUCUCUGCCACCCUCCCCGCUCUGUCACUAACCUAGGGAGCCAUUGUAAGUGAGAGGCGGCCUGCACCAGAGCUGGCUAAAUCACUUAGUCAUGGAGCAGGGAGGAGGUGAGGAGGAGGGAGGAAGAGGAGGAAGAGAGGGAGGGGGGGGGCAUAGGAGCUACUGUAUGCGGCUUUCACCAGGAACUCCUCUCGGGGUGGGAGGCUUUAUAUAGGCCUGCAUGCCCUUUUGUGAACUAUUUUGAAGGAGCGGACAAAUUGGCGAGCCGUGUAGCGUCCCAAAAAAUACAGGGUGGCUGGAAUUUCAUCCUUUCAGUGUGUCUUGUGUUUGCCUUUUUAAAUAAAUUCCAAGUGACAAAUUGGAAGCUGUGUUGAAUGGGGUGUUUUCCAUAAGUCUACAUGGUUUAUUUUUACAUUAUGAUGUUUCAUAGAAACAGAUGGCGUGGGCUUUUCUAUCCUGUGCGUGCUUUAUCUUUUUCUUUAAAGCACUGAGUUAAAAAACAUUCUCUCGUGGGAACUCUCACAGACCGUCGGUGCAGGCUGAAAGAUGGACACCGUGGUUUACAAACAAUAGAUUUUGCACAUUGAAUGUAGUAAUACACGUCUUGAUCUUGGAAUUUGAUUGGAAGUUGAUUCUUAACCUUCAAAACAGCUGUUGACCUAACAUUAUUUCCAAUAGAUCCUAGAUGUUCUGGAGCUUUUUAGAUUUAGUCCUAAUCAUCGGAUGAAAUUUGUCCAGUUGUCAGAUUUCGUCUUUUUAUUUCUUCCAAGCACUUGUCUUUGUUGGCUUGACAGUUGAGACAAACAAGACUUGUGUCCGCCUCAACACAAUUAAAAUCAAUUUGACAAAGAUAUACAGUUCUCACCAGGUUAAACAAAAGUUAUUUAAAUUGUGUAUGCAAUGUUGGAAUAAAUAUGGUCUGUAUAAUA